ACUGAACCGGCAGUUGACGAAGACCCUCUUCACAAGAACUACAUAUUCCUGCUUUGCAAUGGGAUUCUGGUUUUUCUCAUCGGAAACUCCGGCUUGAUCAGCAAUUCUCCAUGGCACGCUGAUAAAAUGGGUGGUUCAGUGCACGAGGCUACUGCUAUCGCGGAGUCGAGAGAGGGUCAAAUGUACACAGCUUUUCAUCCGCAAGUGGAGAGAUCGUCUCCGCCGCAUGCUGAUAUGAAAGAAAAUCAGGUGAAGAACAACACUGGUAAGUCUCAGAGACCAUUAACAGAAUCACCAGAUAGAAAGGCAAUUGUUAUAGAAGAAGCUGAUAUGGAAGUAGAAGAACAAGGGAGGGAAAAUGGGAUUUUGGUUAUGGUUGGAGAGAGUGAAGACUUGAUUGCAGAAAAUGUAGAUGCCAAUGACCAAGCAUAUCAGUUUCAUGAUAUUGAAGAAGAGGAAGAGGAAGGAAUUGGGUCGUUGAGUGCAGAGGAAUUAAACAAGAGAUGUGAUGAUUUCAUAAAGAAGAUGAGAGAAGAAAUCAGAAUUCAGUCCAAACAACUAGUUAUGUUUCAGAGUCUUUGA